AUGACCGGGCGUCGCCGCCGAGCGUCCACGUCGAGUGUCGACACCGAAGACGAAAGAAAGGUGUCGUGGUGCAAAGAAAAAUCGGUUCUGCGAUUCAACCACUCCGGUGUCGACCCAGAGACCUGCUUUGAACUCAAGAACGCUAUUGUUCUAAACAAAGAUGGGCAAACUCUUGAAAACGCACUUGAUGUGGCUACCCGCGGGCCCUAUAUCAUCCGCGGUACUCUUCUUGUGGAGGACCCAGCGCAGAAGGCGCACCUUAUCAUGAAAGUCCGCAGAUCGAUCGAGUUGGAAGUCACGAAAUGCGAACUGUACUCUAUUGGAGAAGACGAGAAUGGCUCACCGAUCAUCUGGGUCGCCGGCACAUGUGCUUGGUUUGAGCUCAACCCGUCAAAAGCAUACGCACCCAUCUACAGACAGAUGCGAGAGGCCGUGGUGCUCUAUUAUCGUCUACUGGCUAUCUAUAGCGAGAGACAGCCUAAGAAAGCAAAAAAGGGCAAAAAGGAUAUUGAGAGGGAUCUCUAUCAGGUCUUCCACGAGUAUGCCACUAGGAUCGGAGACGGCUCGACACUCGAAGAAGUUAUUUCACGAUGCGAUCAACAUGCAUCAUUUUUGAUCUCACAGUGCACUCAAGAUAGUAGUGAACUCGAUUGGCGAAAUACCCCUUUCUACCAAUGGCUGACCAAAAGACACAAGGAUACUUACGACAAGGAAAUUGAGCGCCUGAAUAAACCGCGUCAACCUCUGCGAUCCCCUUCCAUGGAAAUCAUCGAGCCAUCAGCGCCAUCAGUACCUCAGGCACUCCCCUCGCGGACUCGUAACGGCUCCUCAGCUACAUCAGUCGCCCUUAGCAAUGCUACGCCAGAAAUCAUCGAAAUCGAGGCCAGCCCGCCACCACAACGAGCAUCGCGGUCACGCUCAACUAGUCGCAGAGCCGACCAUGAAAUUAUCGAUUUGGUGAGCUCUACUCAAAUCUCGAGGGACACGUCGGCGAUCCCAAGACCGACCAGCGUUCAUUCAUCAACAAGCACACCAUCAUUUACCCCUCACAUGAGUGACAUGUCCUCCUCAGUAACUGGCGCGAAUGAGACUCCCUUCCAGAGUGUCCUAAACGCUAUUGAGCAGGUAUAUGCGGAUACUGCACACUCGAAAGCUGGCCUCACUCUGUCGGCUGCUAUGAAUAAGCUCUGGACGAAAUACAGAUUUCCCUACCACAAGAGCGACCAAAAAGCAGCCUACAGAGUCCCAAUUGAGGAAGUACUUCACUACAAUGCGGGCGCUCUGCUUGAGGCACUUGACAUAGACAAGUACAAGGAGCAUGGUUUCUACACAUGGCUCGUAGAGACGUCUGGGAAGCCAUUUCACCCUGUAGCCAUCAGGCCAUCCGAUUUCCCAUUUCGCUUAGUACGACGCAAGCAAUCGAGCAAUGCGAAUUCUAACAAGUUGGCUCAGCCACCACCCCUGGCACAAAUCGGAACACCUAAGGGGCCGGCCAAUGAAGAAUUCUCAAGUCCCGCUCGUUCAUCACCAGCUGGCAAAAGCAUCAGAAGACCAGGCCGUCCAUCUGGUGUAAAGUCUAGCCUUCGUUUGGCAGCCGCCUCUAGAAAGCGAGCUCACUCUGAUGUGGACAGUGACUCACACGACGAAGGCGCAGAGCCGAAAAGAUCACAUUAUUUUUCCGACGAGGACGAUGCAAUUGAAAACGAAGGCCAGCGGGGUUUGUCUGAGGAUGAGCGGGCCCCCAGUUCGUCCGAGGAACUUGUCAAGAUUUUCCUCAGAGCAGACAACAUACCGACAACUGUUCCACGGGGCCCUGACGAAACCUGGGUUUGCGAAGAAAACGAUUGCGGAUACAUAGUCCGCGGUGGUGAUGUCCAAGACUGUGGUGAACGUAUCAGGCAACACUUUAACGAGCACGAGCAACAGAUGAACCGCGUGAGUCUCGCAAUGACAGAAGGUUCGCGCGGUCAUCUACCGGUCAAGUAUGUACUUUUUAAGCCUUUCCUUAUACUCGUCGAGUUAAACCAAUCUCACGCCUUUCCCGCCCCAAAACCCCGAACCCCUAGCCCAGAAACGGUGGAUGAAGUCAACACCGCAGCCUCGACGCCAACCUUGACCAACAGCCCUGUGAGAGUUCACUUAUACCAGUCUCAGACUCCUAUAUCAUCCCCCAAAGCUCCUAUACCUAUUACCACUCCUAAUUUCAGAUCGAUGGUGGACGAAUUCCGAAGACGCCCCCACCCCGUGUCAGACAACAUUGAUCGACUAACACUUAGAAAAUAG